UCUGCCAAUCAAAGCCUGGUUGAUAAGACGGUGUUCUGGCAUUUAUCUGUGAUUUAAAUUCGCAAUGUGCAUGUAUAUCAUACUAUAUUGUCUAGGGCUGACACGAUCUCAUCUCAUUGUAGGAAAACAAGACACCUAGUUGCAAAGAUGGAAUUGAUCCACCACAUUCCACUGUUGUUGCUGUUGCUUCUACAGUUUCAUUAUGCAAACGCAUCUUCUUGCCACUGCACAUUCAAAGCCACGACACCAGUACGAACGGAAACAAACAUAAAGUCGCAUUCCUUGCAGUAUAUUGGGAGUGGCACGUGCUUUCAUGGAUACAUCAGCAAUGGCUGGUUUAUUGUCACGGGACAUCCGGUUAUGAACAUUCAAGAAGACGAUCUGAUGCCAUAUGAUGACUGCAAACUUUUUGAUGCCAGUGAUUGGUUAGCUGAAAUACCCAGUCUUAGAACCGGCAGUUCCCAUCAAUCAGUUGUUUGGAUGCCUUGCCUCGUGGAUGGACAGCCCAAUGUUUGCUUUGAUGCCUCGUUCGAAGCCUGUAGGAGAAAUUCGUCCUUGGAUGGUUUUCCCCCAAUUAAGAUUGCGGAGAAAAGAUUUUUGCUUGGUUUGUUACAAAUUUAUAUUGGCGUAUUUAAAAACCAAAGGCAUUCUGGUUUGCGAGUAGGUAACAUAAGCUAGCAGUAUCCAUGAUUUUUAAAUAUUUGUAUAUAAAUGUGUGUAACAAUUGAAACGCGUUGACAAAAGUGUUUAUAUAGAUAACCUAGCAAAUGUUUCUUACGCUGAUUCAAUAGUUAAAUAUUUGUUCAAGAUAUUUGUAUUUUUGUAAAAUAAAAUAUGUGAAAAUCUCUCGAAUUAUUCAUGUUCACUUCUUUGUGCAUGCGCAUAAAUUUAUGAUCGGAUGCCUAUGUGAAUACCCAUGCCGAUUUCACAGGAAAAAACUUUAGUUUUAGCUUGGGUCCGUGUAAGGAUGUAUUAGUUUAUUUUAUUUUCUUAAUCUGUUUACAUUAAACUGAUAAGGUACUUCUGUUUUGACAAUGCUGUUGGUAUAUUUCACUUCCCGACUUUCAGUUUACCAUUUAUGAUCUGUACAUUACCUUGGUAGACAAUCGAUAUGACAUAAUGACAACAGCAGAACGAAAAGCUUUACGUUGUAAUGAAAAUAACAUGUUUGCAGUAACGCUUUUGCAAUAAACAUUAUUGACAAAAUAACAUAUGCAAUAUUGUAAAGAAAACCAAUAGAAGGAGAUGCGAUGAAAGGGAUGCAGCAAAUGGGGGAAGCAGAAUCCUUGAAAAAACAGAAGCUAUCUGAUAUAAUUUGUUUCAUUCAAAUAAAUGACUAUUUAAAGACAUGUUUAAACUACGCACUGACACACAGAAGUGUGUAUGACUUCACGGAGUGGAAUUCAUUUAGCAUUACAUUAUCACAGCCGACCGUUUGGUAACGUUAAAUUCUUUCUUCAAAUGUUGGGUUCCGCUAGCGUGAUUACCGCGAAACCUCCAUAGUUACCUCUAAGGUCGAUGUCAUACUUGAACGUCAAAGGUAAACAAAAAUUGUAGUCAAUACCGACCUUGUCCAAUACUUACAACAGAUCAUUGAAUGAAUUCAGAUAAAGUUUACAAAAUUUUAACCUUUUUUGAUGUCAGCCUUAAUACCCACGUGUCUACCAACGUCAAGGUCGUGUUUAUAAGAUCGAAUUCGUUAAUGGAGCACUGUAUUAUAAACAAGAUGCCCCAUUCUUAAUCAAUUAAAAUAAUGUAAAAAUAAUCGGCACCAAUACUAAUGUAUUUGAAUUGCUUUGUAAUGCCAAAAGCAUGACAUUAUAUAAUUGCGUUUGAAAGUGAUUAAAAUACAAACUUCAUUUUUUAGUGGCUCAUGAUUUGUUGAGAUAAAAAAAAACUAUAAACUUAUUUUCCAUAAAUGUUCUCUCUGAUUUUUUUUCUACAGAAAUACUAUUUUGCAGACCACACAAACGUUUUUUCGAAGCAGACAACCUAUGCUCGUGGCUGAAUGUUUAUCAAGGUGACGACUUUGACUGGAUUCGCCACCAGUCAUCAACUCCAACAGAUGACACCGGUCCGGAUUUUAACCAUACCCUCAAAAAUGUUCAAGGUUUUUGCAAUGAUAUUUUAGGAUACAAUAUAUCAAAUGAGUUUUGUCGCUAAAAGUGUUGAUGAUUAUAAAUACAUAUUCAUGUAAAGAAUUUAUUCUGAUGUGUUAGAAUUAGUAUAAUAUUUUAAGGUGAAGCAUAAUUUAGUAAUUGGGCAUGGCUUUUAAAGUGGCCCUUUGCUCAAGUAUUUAGACAUAGCAGUUAGAAUGUGUUAUUUAUGCAUAUAUUGGGGUAUGGCAUUCAAGUGAAAGGUAAGUAUACAAGUUUUAGAGUAAGGAGUUUUAAAAGUUGGUAUGAAAUUUAAGAAGUAAGUAUUGUGUUAUGGAAUCUUCGAAGAGGGUGUUUACAGAAGUAAUUGGUUGAAAUUAAAGAAGUGACUAUUUUCACAAGUGUUUGAGCUUGCGUUUUAGAAGUGGGUAUUUUCACACGUAUUAUUGCAUGACAAUAUAAGGAAUUGUGUUUACACGAGGGUGUUAAACACAAGUAUUGGCGGAUUGGCGGAUUACUAAAAUUGGUAAUUGAGCAUAUAUGUGGACGCGGCAUUUAAAAAGUAGGUAUUUACACACGUUUGCGGUAUGUCAUUUAAGAAGUGGGUAUUAACAUAUGAAUUGGGACAUGGUGUUUUAACAGUAGGUAUUUUGAAAAGACAUGUUAGUAGUGUUUUUUUACUGUAACUGUUGGGUGAUAUCUUUUUUUAGAAAAUGGUAUUUACGCAACUAUUGGGUAAUGGCAUUUUAGAAAUGGGUUUUUACUCAAGCUAUGGGGUAUUACAUUUCAGAAAUGGGUAUAUACAAGUGUACAUAUGAUUUUAGAAUUUAAGUAGUAGAUGGUUAGCCAGGUAUGACUGCCUUAUUCGCUUCUCUGAUGUGUGUCGGCUUCUUAAUGUUUCUGCAGGGAACUACAUGUUCAUCGAGUCAAGCGCACCUCGGGUCCAGAACGAGACGGCCUGGCUGGUGAGUCCACUUAUACAGUCCCCGGGAACCCAUUUCCAGUGCUUCCAGUUCUGGUAUCACAUGAAAGGUUUGUCGGUGGGUCAGCUGAAUGUGUACCAGAAACAAGAUGGCCGAUUCCCAGGCAAUCUCGUCUGGAGUUUGUCCGAGCAACAGGGCCCAGAUUGGUUGUCUGGGCAAGUUCCACUGGACGCAACAGUGGGAUUCAAGCUGGUUGUGGAGGCAACAGUAGGGUCCGGUUACGAGGGUGACAUCGCAGUUGACGACUUCAACCUGACCACAGGAUUCUGUUCAUCACUGCCCGUGAAGGCUUCCAGAACUAAUCUUACAAACACAGUGGAUGGCAAGUGGGGAAGUUGGUAUCCUUGGAGUGUAUGCUCUACGACCUGUGGUCCUGGUGAAAUGUCACGGCACAGAUUAUGCAACAACCCGCGCCCACAAAAUGGGGGUCUAUAUUGUGAUGUUAAUGACAAGGGUGAGGAGGACCUUAUUGGUUGUCAAGGACCGCCCUGUCCAAUCAAAGGAAGCUGGUCAGACUGGAGCGCGUGGGCCAAGUGCAGUGUCACGUGUGGAUUUGGUUCCCACUAUAGGAACAGGUCAUGUGACCACCCUGCACCCGCCCACGGUGGAGUUGACUGUGAAACUGAGAGCUGCACGAAGGAACCUUGUCCAAGUAGAGUCGUGCAUGAAAUAUGAAUUCGAUACCAUUUUUGGAGUGCGAAGUAAACAAUCACCUAGCCUUACUCGUGCGUUUAAACCUUCGCUAUUUCUAUAAAGAUUUUAAAGCUAUUUUUCUUUUUGUGUUGCUAAUUUUGUUGUGAAAUUAAAGCCAAACACCUUGAUAUGAAAUGCAUAUAAAUCAAUACAUAUAGAUGCAAUUUGAAAGUGUGCAAAAUUGUCAUUAAAUCUAUAGCCUAGUUA